UCGAGACAUGACCGAAGCAUUUUCAAGUCCAUUUCCUUCCGUCUUGCGCUGGGCAGUGAGCACAUCCGCCCUCGUAAUUGCCAAUGCCAGCAAGUAAACAAUUCCCCACCCGCCUGGUCCACACUCUCAAAACCCACAAUGGACCCGUGAACACGGUGACUUUCUCCAGUGACCCUGGGAUUUAUAUCCUUACAGGGUCUACAGACCGCGCCAUUCACCUCACCCGAGCCAUACCAAAUAAUAACAAUACGGAGACGACAUCCCCUAUCCAGAAGUACGAAGCGCAUGGGUACGCCGUGUUAGACGUGGCUGUCGCAGCAGACAACUCCCGAUUUGCCAGCGUCGGCGGGGACCGCCAGGUCUUUCUCUGGGAUGUCGAGCAAGGAGGUACAAUUAGACGCUGGAGUGGGCAUAACGCACGCGUCGAGGCCGUGCAAUUCGCAGGCGACGGUGACUCGGUAGUGGUUUCUGGGAGUGCAGACACAACUAUCAACAUCUGGGAUACCAAAUCCAAUUCCCACAAACCUAUCCAGACCCUCACCGAAGCCCGAGAUACCGUUUCCUCCCUUCACGUACACAUGCCUACGUACUCCAUCGCAAGUGGAAGCUACGACGGCCGAGUCCGAGUGUAUGAUAUCCGUAUGGGACGCACUUUUGUUGAUGUUCUCGCUCACCCAGUCACGAGUGUCCGCUGCUCUAAUGACGGCAAUGCUCUCCUGGUGUCUACAACGGACGGACGAAUCAGAAUGUUGGACCGCAGUGACGGGAAGCUCCUGAAGGCGUUUGGGGGUGAGGACAACAGUGCUGGCCAAAAUGCAAGCAAUGUAACAUAUCGCAAGAGUGAUUUACGGAUUCGGUCCGUGUUUGCGAAAGCAGAUGCCGUUGUUCUCAGUGGGAGUGAAGCGGAUGACAGUGGCAAUGGCAAUGGCUCAAAACAGGCGUCCGUAUUCGCCUGGGAUGUACUUAGUGGAGAGAUGGUCGCGUGUGUCCCGACCGGAGAAGGCGUCAAGGCCGUGAGUGCUGUGUCGUGGAAUGAGAAAGGGAGUAGCUGGGCUGGAGGUUGUUCAGAUGGAACCGUCAAAGUCUAUCGCUAGGCCGUCUUGUCCAAUCCAUACCCAGCUAGCUAGCUAGCUAGCCAGCCACUUCCUAGACAGUAACCAACUAGCAAG